CUACAAACCUGUGGCCUCAGCCCCUCCAAAGAACCGGGAGAUGACGGGGAAAGCCGGGGAAGCGCUGAGCAAGCCCAAGUCCGAGACAGUGGCCAAGAGUACCUCUGGGGGCGCCCCGGCCAGGUGCACCGGGUUCGGCAUACAGGAGAUCCUGGGCUUGAACAAGGAGCCCCCCAGCUCCCAUCCGCGGGCUGCCCUCGACGGCCUUGCCCCUGGGCACUUGCUGGCAGCGCGCUCAGUGCUCAGUCCCGCAGGAGUGGGCAGCAUGGGGCUGCUGGGGCCCGGUGGGCUCCCUGGCUUCUACGCGCAGCCCACCUUCCUGGAAGUGCUGUCUGACCCGCAGAGCGUCCACUUGCAGCCACUGGGCAGAGCAUCGGGGCCUCUGGACACCAGCCAGACGGCCAGCUCGGAUUCUGAAGAUGUUUCCUCCAGUGAUCGAAAAAUGUCCAAAUCGACUUUAAACCAGACCAAGAAACGGAAGAAGCGGCGACACAGGACAAUCUUCACCUCCUACCAGCUUGAGGAGCUGGAGAAGGCAUUCAAUGAGGCGCACUACCCAGACGUCUAUGCCAGGGAGAUGCUGGCCAUGAAAACCGAGCUGCCGGAAGACAGGAUACAGGUCUGGUUCCAGAACCGGAGAGCCAAGUGGAGGAAGCGGGAGAAGUGCUGGGGCCGGAGCAGUGUCAUGGCAGAGUACGGGCUGUACGGUGCCAUGGUGCGGCACUCCAUCCCCCUGCCUGAGUCCAUCCUCAAGUCUGCCAAGGAUGGCAUCAUGGACUCCUGUGCCCCGUGGCUACUGGGGAUGCACAAAAAGUCGCUGGAGGCAGCAGCUGAGUCGGGGAGGAAGCCCGAGGUGGAACGCCAGGCCCUGCCCAAGCUCGACAAGAUGGAGCAGGAGGAGCGGGGCCCUGACACCCAGGCGGCCAUCUCCCAGGAGGAACUGAGGGAGAACAGCAUCGCAGUGCUCCGAGCCAAAGCUCAGGAGCACAGCACCAAAGUGCUGGGGACUGUGUCAGGGCCAGACAGCUUGGCCCGGGAUGCUGAGAAGCCAGAGGAGGAGGCCAUGGACGAAGAUAGGCCAGCAGAGAGGCUGAGUCCACCACAGCUUGAGGACAUGGCUUAGGUCAAGGGGCAUGCAGUUGCUGGAGUCCUGAAACUCUGCUGUCCUUGGGACCUGUGGUGCUGGGAGGUAGUCUCCAAGGCUCUGCCCAGCCCCAGCCUCUGCCCUCCUCCCUGCCCCCAAGGUCAUUCUUCACCCUGUGUCUGCAGGCACAGCUCAGUUCUGGCUGUGGCUCAGACCAUGCUGAGACAUCCCCAAACCAGUCUUGACCUCUCCAGCGUCCUUCUCCUCAUCCCAGCAUCCCUGCCUCAGAUGCAUUCUUGGUGACCCAGACCAGCCCCUCAAGCCCCUUUCAGUCAAUCCUCUAGCACCUCUCGCCAUUCACAGCCACCCUUUCCCCUCUGUCCUCUUGCUCUAAAGAGCCUCCCUUCCUGGCUCUAUACCCUCUCUGGAGUCUGCUCCACUCCUGACUACAGCCUGCCCUUCACUGGCGUAGCUCAUUGCCUGCCAUGGCCCUGACAUGAGUUCAGGACAUGCACUCCAGCUUCAGUAGCCUAGGCACUACCGUCCUCAACAAAUCUUCUUGCCCCCUCAAGCCUGUCCUUUCUGUGGACCUGGGCUUCUGCUGUGAUAACACUGCCCUAUAAGCUCAUCACAAUU